AUGGAUAGCACUCAGGUUCUCAAAGUUGAUGUUCAUCAUCACUCUUUCCCACCUGCUUACACAGAAUAUCUUGUCAAAGCAAGUCAGAAGCCAGCAGGCUGGGUCACAGAGCCGUGGAGUUUGCCGGUAGCUUGCGACUACUGCAAAAGCAAGAACAUCGGUUUCGCUGUGCUAUCAUGUAUACCAGGCGGGCCACACUCCGACGUGGAUUUGCAGCAGGCUCGAGACUUCACCAAAAGCUGCAAUGAAUACAACUCCAAAGUUGCGCGUGAAUCGCGAAACACACUGGGCUUUUUCGCCCAUAUCACCAACAUGUGCGAGGUUGAAGUAACACUGGAAGAGAUUGAUUAUGCAUUCGACACCUUGGGUGCAGCUGGAAUCGCCCUUGGGACGAGCUACCACAAGUCUGGUCGACUGCAUUACCUUGGAGACACCGAGUUCGUGCCAGUCUGGGACGCUCUUAGUGCAAGAAGCGCGGUUGUCUUUGUCCACCCGGUACCAUCACCCAACAUGGAUCUGAUCAAUCAAAAUCUUCCACCACCAGCUUACGAUUUCCCCCAUGAAACUGGCCGGACGGCAAUCGAUAUGAUCACCAACACCAGCAAUAUGCUGCGAGAUCAUGCGACCAACUGCAGUAUCAUUCUAAGCCACGCAGGUGGGGAUUUGCCCUACUUGAUCGAUCGAGUAGCAGGAUUGAUGUGUCAUGGCCCUGAGGCUUUGAGGCUGAAGAAGACUUCCGAUGAUGUCUUGUCUGAGGCGCGUCGAUUCUACUACGACACUGCACUGAGCAGCAGCCCUAUGCAAUUGAACGCGGUGGUCUCUCUACUUGGACCUGACAAGCUUGACCACAUACUCUUUGGCACCGAUUUCCCGCCGGCUGGGGCGGCGGCUAUAGAGUACUUCUCGAGGCAGUUGCGUGGCACCAAAGUGGUAGAUUUCGCGGAUCUAGGGCACAAUGCCUUAAAGCUCUUUCCGCAACUGCAGAGGAAAUAG